AUGAGUGGAGCAACUAAAAGUCUAAAAGCUAUUAUUAGAGACCAGGCACCUCGUGAUCCUAGCCUUCUUCACCUACAGGCCACUCAUAGGUCUCGUUCUGUCUGGAGAACUGGUGCUGCGCCCUUGCAGUAUUUCAGGCGUCGUGACGCCAACCAAUCUGAUUUGAACAUUGAUGUUCGAUUGAUCCCCAUUCUGCAGGCAGUCGAUUUUUAUGGGGUAGCUCGGGUAUCCACUCUUCAGCUUGAUUGGAGUUUGCUUGGUGCUCUGGUAGAGAGAUGGCGACCAGAGACACAUUCAUUCCACCUGCCGAUGGGAGAGUGUACUAUUACACUGCAGGAUGUUGGUGUCUUGCUCGGGUUACCCAUUGACGGAGAGCCCGUGAUGUGUCCUGUAGGCCCUCCACCUGGACAGAGAUGGGAGACCAUCAUUGGUGAGAUAUUUGGACAGAUUCCUCCACCCGAGGCUUUCAAUAACUCGAGGCUACGACUCACAUGGGUAGAGAAUCUCACUCCAGCGAGAUUACAUGAUGAUGCAGGCGUUGAGGAGAUCAGGCUUCACGCCAAGUGUUACUUGCUACAGUUGUUUGGGGGGUCACUGUUCACCGACCAUUAUGGUGGACUUAUACACUCCUCGUGGGUUCAUUUUGUUCGUGACCUGGAGGCGCUCGGAGGUUAUGCAUGGGGUCUAGCUGUUCUAGCUCGUCUAUACAGGGAGCUUUGCAAUGGUUGCAAAGCGAGUAUUAAGGAGGUAGCUGGAUGCCUUCUCUUACUGCAGCUAUGGGCAUGGGAGAGGUUGCCCACUCUUGCCCCUGUUCGGACCACUAUUCCAUUAGAGGAUGUUGCUUUUUGGGAGCAUCAGCUUCCAGGACCACAUGGAGCCAGGUGGCUUGUUGGACAUUCAUUCGUUGAGAGUGUUGGGCAUUGGAUGCGCUUGCUCCACAUGAGUUUAUUUGGGAGCCUUAUGCUGGGAUUCUUGAUACACUGCCAGACUAUUGUUUAG